GAACUUCUCUAGUGAGUAGUUAGGGCAGUUCAGAAGAAUGCUCAAGUAUCUCUCUAGUCACAGAGGCUGCUUCCAGAAAUCUUGUUUAGUAAGUGAGUUAGGACAGUUCAGGGGUGUUUCUGCCUGUUUCUCUUUGUCAGCAGAGUCUUCGUCCAGUAUCUCUCUAGUACCACUCCUGUACUGGUAUAGUUCUUGUUUAUAGUUCUAUCUUCUCUAACCGCGUCUAGAAGUACCGCUACGAUUUCCCCAAAUAGUUCUGA